AUGAAGUUCACUUUCGCUACUAUUCUUCUUCCCUACCUCCUCCACAGUGCUCUGGCAGCGCCUUCCAACGUCGAGCGGGACCUCAACGGAGAGCAACAUGAUCUCGUAGAGAGAGAUUUUGACAUAAGAGAUGCGCUACUUCUAGAAGGGGAUAGCCAGAACACUGGAGACGUUGCCAAUAAUAAUGCCAAUGCAAAUGGCGAGGCUGCUACCCAGAUAGCUGCUGUGAAUGCGACUCAGACCGCUGGCGCCUGCGCCGCCCAGAACUCAGCGGCAGCACAGAAUGAGGCGGCCAAGCAGAAGGGAAAAGGGAAGGGGAAAGGAAAGGGUAAAGCCAAGGGCAAGGGUAAUGGACAAGGUAAUGGACAGGGCAAUGGACAAGGUAAUGGACAGAGCAAUGGACAGGGCAAUGGACAGGGCAAUGGACAGGGCAAUGGACAGGGCAAUGGACAGGGCAAUGGACAGGGCAAUGGACAGGGCAAUGGACAGGGCAAUGGACAGGGCAAUGGACAGGGCAAUGGACAGGGCAAUGGACAGGGCAAUGGACAAGGCAAUGGACAAGGUAAUGGACAGGGCAACGAGACGGCCGCAAAAGGAGCGAACUAG